AGCUGCGCAACAGCAGCAGGGCGUGUCAAGUGUAGGCUAGUAUAAACUCCAGGCUGAGGAUAAUGACAGUCCAGUCUCAGGUCCAGUCCGGUAAAGAGAAGCCACAUUCUAGUAGGCCUACCUAAAUUAACGUGCACAACACACCGACUCUAAGUCCCACCAUGGAAUCAUUGGCAUCUGCAAAUGCGCAUUUCUCCCUUGAUCUUUUCAAGAAGAUCUCAGAGAUCAACAAGACGGGCAAUGUGUUCUACUCUCCUCUGAGCAUCUCUUCAGCCCUGGCCAUGGUCUGCCUUGGAGCCAGGGGCAACACUGAGGCCCAAAUGCACAAGGUGCUGAGUUUUGUCCUGCCACUGAAGCCGCUGCAGGGCAAAAAAAAUAUUUGUACAAAAGGUCAAGACCAAGUCCAGCAACAAGUCCAGGUGCACCAGCUGCCUGCUGCAGUGAUGAAGUCCCUGAACCUUCACAAAGCUGAGUGUGACGUCCAUGUUGGCUUCAGUAAGCUCUUUGCUGAACUAAACCAAGAGGGCGCCCCCUACGCCCUGAGUCUGGCCAAUCGCCUCUACGGAGAGCAGUCCUACCAGUUUGUUGAGAAAUACCUUGCUGACACAAAGACACACUACCUUGCUGAGCUGGAGGCUGUUGACUUCCGUACAAAUGCAGAGGCAGCUCGAGUGAACAUCAACAAAUGGGUGGAGGAAAAGACUCAGGACAAAAUCAAGGACCUCUUGGCCCAAGGAGUUUUGGACGAGGAUACCAGACUGGUGCUAGUAAAUGCAAUCUACUUCAAAGGCAACUGGGACAAGCAGUUCAACAGUGCUCAAACAAAAGAAGUUCAGUUUAAGCUCAAUAAGAAUGAAAGCAAGCCUGUUCAAAUGAUGCAUCAGAAGGCCAAGUUCCCCUUCACCUACAUUCCUGACGCAAAGUGCCAGAUUCUGGAGCUGCCCUACGUGGGCAACGAUCUGAGCAUGCUCAUUAUGCUGCCUAAUGAGAUGGAGGACACCACCACUGGACUAGAGAAGCUGGAGCAGAUGCUCACAUAUGAGAACUUUGUGGAGUGGACCAAGCCAGACAUGAUGGACACUGUUGAGGUGGUGGUGGGUCUCCCCAAGUUCAAGCUGGAGGAGGAAUACGACCUCAAGGAGAUCCUGGUGAGCAUGGGAAUGACGGACGCCUUCAACAACGACAAGUGCGACUUCUCCGGCAUGUCUCCCUGCGACGACCUUGUUCUGUCCAAGGUCGUGCACAAGUCCUUUGUGGAGGUGAAUGAGGAGGGCACUGAGGCGGCGGCCGCCACGGCUGCCAUCAUGAUGAUGCGCUGCGCCAUGCUGCCCCCCGAGAGGUUCAUGGCGGACCACCCCUUCCUCUUCUUCAUCCGACACAACCCCACCCAGAGCGUCCUCUUCUACGGCCGCUACAGCUCCCCUUAAGCUGAGGACAAUCUUCGUAUCUCGGCCAAAGACCAGACAUCGGAUGUAUUCUUCAGAACCUGUGUCAGGAGGACACAUUGUCUACAUAGGUGGUUAGAAAAUGGACUUUAAGAGCCUGACUGCACAGCACUGAGGAAGGUGUAUGUGGCAACAUUAGGAAAAUGAAAUUAAAUGAAAGAUGUUAUGUACUGUAGGAACCACUGAGUGAUACAGAAUUUGGUGAAGAUAUAUCCUUUGUCUUGCUGCGUAUAACCAAAGCCUUACCGCAAGCCUUACUUGCUUCUCCCUGGAAAGAUGUGUGAUGCAGAGUGUUUUAACUGAUGAAGCAUUUAACUGAUGAAGGACGAUGAUUAACUGUUGAAGGACGAUGCAACUUGACCACCUUUUUUCAGCUGAAUAAAUAAUGCACUAAAUUU